AUGUCUGCUUGGGAUCAAACUGUAGUGAUUGGACGUAAGGCCCGGCCUGGUGGUAGCAGCGGGGGUGGUGGCCCUCGUGGUCCGACUGCUCUAGAGCGGGCCAAGCAGGUCGGUGCUGUGACUGCGAAUGACCGUAAGACGGCGGCGGGACACAAUAAAGGUCACCAGGGCACGGAUCACCAGCGUAUUGCCAAGCUGGACCGUGAAGAUGAUGUGCCGCCUCCGAGUAGGGUGCCGCCCUCUGUGGGUAAGAUUAUUGGUCAAUCCCGUCAGGCCAAGAGUAUGACGCAGAAGGACCUGGCUGUUCGCAUCAACGAGAAGCCUUCUGUCAUCCAAGAGUAUGAAAGCGGCAAGGCCAUUCCUCAUGCGCAAAUUUUGGCGAAGAUGGAACGCAUUCUCGGCGUGAAGCUGCGUGGCAAAGACAUUGGUCUCCCUCUUGGAGGGCCUAAAAAGUAA